AUGGACUUAGAAAGAGCUGCUAUUAAGGUUGUUACUGGUGACCAGCAUGCGUUCGUAGCCAGUUUGAUAGUUCAACCAGCUUUGAUAGACGAAAUUAAGCAUGCCCAGAAAAAAGAUUCAGGGUUAGUGAGAUUGGUGGAAGAAGUAGAAAAAGUGAAUAAAUCCGAGCUCAGCUUUUCUGAAGAUGGAAUAUUAAGGUUCAAAAGUAGAUUAUGUAUGCUGAACAAUGAAGAAAUAAAAAGAAUCAUUCUCGAAGAAGCGCACUGCUCUCUUGACACAGUUCACCCAGGUAGUAGAAAAAUGUAUCGAGACUUGAGAGUCUUUUUUGUAGAACGGUAUGAAAAGGGAAAUUGCCAAAUUUGUAGAACAAUGCCUAACAUGCCAACAGGUGAAAGUGGAACAUACGAGACCAGCAAGGUUAUUGCAACCACUCCAGAUUCUAUAAUGGAAGUGGGAGCAUAUUUCUGUAGACUUUGUUACAGGACUACCACGGACACUGACUGGUCAAGAUGCAAUAUGGGUGAUAGUGGACCGCUUGACGAAGACCGCUCACUUUGUGCCUAUCAAAAUUUCUUAUAA